AUGUUUUUUUUUUUAUUUUCUUCUCUCCUCUGUAUGGUACUUGCGAACACCCUCAGGGGGGUAAAAAACACACACGACGCAUUUAACCGUCUGGGCUUCAUAACCCCGUGGGGGAAGGUGAACCUGGAGAAAUUCUCUCGCAGUGGAGCUAACAGAGGAGUAGGCAACAUACUCGAAACUUUGGGUUCCCCCCUGCACAGGCGCUCCCUUUUCCACCUGAACAUUGAGAAGAGAAAAGGUACUCCAUUCGCGAAGCCAUAUCAGGUAAGUGCAGUCCAAAGAAGUGAAAACAUCCCCCCACCAAUAAAGUGUAUCAAAGAAGAAGCAUCAGACGAAAUGAUUGGUACGAAAGGAGAGACGAAGUUGAAGCAGGAGAAGAAGGAGGAGGUAUCUGUCUCGAAGAAAAAAAUUAACAAGAAGGAGGAGAAAAAAAAAGGAACACAAAUCAAAGGAGAAAAACGCCAUGUUAAAGAAAAAGUAGCAUCGAUUUAUCCGCCUAUCCCGAAAAGCAUGGACGAAAGAUGGAACGACUUUAAUAUAAUUCAAAGUUAUAGAAAAAUUACUAAUGUCUAUCUGGGGGCACACAUAUCAGCAGCGGGAGGAGUGCAGAACUCACCAACGAACUGUUUCAAUGUCGCUGGACAAGCUUUUGCGUUAUUUCUAAAGAACCAAAGGAAGUGGGAUAGCCCUCCCUUAUCUUCUGAAAAUAUAAAACAGUUUGAAAAAAAUUGUAAGGCAUAUAAUUUAGACACCAGAUUUAUUCUACCCCAUGGAUCAUACUUAAUUAAUCUAGCCAAUCCAGAUAAGGAAAAAAGGGAGAAAUCUUAUCUCUCCUUUCUGGACGACGUAAAAAGGUGUGAACAGUUAAAAGUUCAACUUUAUAAUUUUCAUCCAGGAUCAACAACAGGUUUAUGUUCUCUCGAGGAAGGAAUUAAAAAUAUCUCCGACUGUAUAAACAGGGUGCACAAAGAAACUUCAAACGUUAUUAUAGUCCUUGAAAAUUCAGCUGGACAGAAAAAUUCAGUAGGAUCCAAAUUUGAAGAUUUAAAAAAUAUUAUUUCACAAAUUGAAGACAAAUCAAGAAUUGGAGUGUGUCUAGAUACAUGCCAUACAUUCGCAGCUGGAUAUGACAUAAGAUCUUACGAGGAUUUCGAUCUCGUGAUGAAGAAGUUCGAUGAAAUUGUAGAUGCUAAGUACUUAAAAGCUAUCCACCUUAAUGAUUCCAAGUCGGAUCUUGGUAGUGGACUGGACAGACAUGAGAAUAUCGGAAAGGGGAAACUUACUAUGGAUACUUUCAAAUAUAUUAUGACAUCUAAAUAUUUUAAGAAUAUCCCCAUAAUUUUGGAAACCCCUGAUGUUACAGAUGAUGAGUCGGUGUAUAAGUACGAGAUAAGGUAUCUCUACGAGAUGGUUGUGAAGGCGGAGGGAGAGAACAACUGA